UGAUUGCUGCAGCAAAUGGCAACUUGUGCAGUCACCAAUUACAACAAUGUGGUAGAAGCAAACUCAGAUUCAGAUGAUGAAGAUAAAUUGCAUAUAGUGGAAGAGGAAAGUGUAACGGAUGCAGCAGACUGUGAUGCUAGUGUGCCAGAAGAUGACUUGCCAACGGACCAUAUAGUAUUACCAGAAAACAGUGAAAGAGAAGGGAGCACAAACAGUUGCUGGGAAGAUGAAGCUGGAAAAGAAAGAAAGGAAAUCCUGGGGCCUGAAGCUCAGACAGAUGAAAUUGGAUGUACAGUUAAAGAAGAUGAAUGUGAUUCUGAUGCAGAAAAUGAGCAAAACCAUGACCCUAAUGUUGAAGAAUUCCUUAAACAAGAAGAUACAGCUGUUAUCUACCCUGAAGCACCUGAGGAGGACCAGAGACAAGGCACACCAGAAGCUAGUGGUCAGGAUGAAAAUGGAACACCUGACGCAUUUUCCCAGCUGCUCACCUGCCCGUACUGCGAUCGAGGGUACAAGCGUUUUACCUCCCUGAAGGAACACAUCAAAUACCGCCAUGAAAAGAACGAGGAUAACUUCAGCUGCUCCCUGUGCAGUUACACGUUUGCGUACAGAACGCAGCUCGACCGCCACAUGACAUCACACAAAUCAGGAAGGGAUCCAAGACAUGUGACGCAGUCCAGCGGUAAUCGAAAAUUCAAGUGCACUGAAUGUGGAAAAGCUUUUAAAUACAAACAUCACCUAAAGGAGCACCUACGAAUCCACAGUGGAGAGAAGCCAUAUGAGUGCCCAAACUGCAAGAAACGUUUUUCCCAUUCUGGUUCAUACAGUUCACACAUAAGCAGUAAGAAGUGUAUUGGUUUGAUGCCCGUGAAUGGUCGAGCCCGGUCAGGGCUCAAGAUGUCUCAGUGCUCCUCCCCCUCCCUUUCUGCAUCACCAGGUAGCCCAGCAAGACCACAGAUACGACAAAAGAUAGAAAAUAAACCCUUGCAAGAGCAGCUUCCUCUUAACCAAAUUAAAACUGAACCUGUGGAUUAUGAAUUCAAGCCCAUAGUGGUUGCUUCAGGAAUUAAUUGUUCAACCCCUUUGCAAAAUGGGGUUUUUAGUGGUGGUAGCCCAUUGCAGGCAACCAGUUCUCCUCAGGGUGUGGUGCAAGCUGUUGUUCUACCAACAGUAGGUCUGGUGUCUCCCAUAAGCAUCAAUUUAAGUGACAUUCAAAAUGUACUGAAAGUGGCAGUGGAUGGUAAUGUAAUAAGGCAAGUACUGGAAAACAAUCAUGCUAAUCUUGCGUCCAAAGAACAAGAAACAAUCAACAAUGCAUCUAUACAACAAGCUGGCCAUUCCCUCAUUUCAGCUAUCAGUCUUCCUUUGGUUGACCAAGAUGGGACAACCAAAAUUAUCAUCAACUACAGCUUGGAGCAGCCAAGUCAACUUCAGGUUGUUCCACAAAAUCUAAAAAAAGAAAACUCUGUUCCUGCAAAUAGUUGUAAAAAUGAGAAAUUACCAGAAGAUCUCACAGUCAAGUCUGAGAAAGAUAAAAACUUUGAAGGAGACACCAACGAUAGCACUUAGACCAACGAUAGCACUUGUCUUCUUUGUGAUGACUGUCCAGGAGAUCUUAAUGCACUUCAAGAAUUAAAGCACUAUGAAACAAAAAGCCCUCCUCAGCUUCCCCAGCCCAGUGGACCAGAAGCUGAGAAACCCGAGUCCCCUGUCCCAUCAGAAACCGGGGAGAACAACUUGUCUCCUGGUCAGCCACCUUUAAAGAACCUUCUGUCGCUCCUAAAAGCGUAUUAUGCAUUAAAUGCACAACCAAGCGCAGAAGAGCUUUCAAAAAUAGCAGAUUCUGUUAACCUACCACUGGAUGUGGUAAAAAAGUGGUUUGAAAAAAUGCAAGCUGGACAAAUUUCUGUGCAGUCUUCUGGACCAUCUUCUCCUGAACAAGUUAAAUUAAGCAGUCCCACAGGAAACGAUGAUCAAGCAGCAACUACAAAUGUGAGCGAACCCCAGAACAGCACAAAUAACUCACAAAAUCCUGUCAGUACAACGAAAUCUCAGACUUUACCAGGGGCUUCAACUCUGAAUGGGUCACACAGUAGCACGCCAUCUGCAUCACCACUAAACCUUUCUUCAUCGAGAAAUUCACAGGGUUACACGUACACAGCAGAGGGUGUACAAGAAGAGCCACAAAUAGAACCUCUUGACCUUUCGCUACCAAAGCAACAUGGAGAACUGUUGGAAAGAUCUACCAUAACUAGUGUUUACCAGAACAGUGUUUAUUCUGUCCAAGAAGAACCUUUGAACUUAACUUGUGUAAAAAAAGAACCACAAAAGGACAACAGUAUUACAGACUCUGAUCCUAUUGUAAAUGUAAUCCCACCAAGUGCCAAUCCCAUAAAUAUUGCUAUACCUACAGUCACUGCCCAGUUACCUACAAUUGUUGCCAUUGCUGACCAGAACAGUGUUCCCUGCUUGAGAGCUCUCGCUGCCAAUAAGCAAACCAUUUUGAUUCCACAGGUGGCUUAUACAUACUCUACUACAGUUAGUCCUGCAGUUCAUGACACAGCACCAAAACAGAUCCAAGCCAAUGGAAAUCAGGAUGAAAGGCAAGACACUAGCUCAGAAGGAAUAUCCAAUGUAGAAGAUCAAAACGAUUCUGAUUCAACACCCCCAAAGAAAAAGAUGAGAAAGACAGAAAAUGGGAUGUAUGCAUGUGAUUUGUGUGACAAAAUAUUCCAGAAGAGCAGCUCAUUAUUGAGACAUAAGUAUGAACACACAGGUAAAAGACCUCACGAGUGUGGAAUCUGUACGAAAGCAUUCAAACACAAACACCAUUUGAUUGAACACAUGCGACUGCAUUCUGGGGAGAAGCCCUACCAAUGUGACAAGUGUGGGAAGAGGUUUUCCCACUCGGGGUCUUACUCUCAGCACAUGAACCAUCGCUACUCCUACUGCAAGCGGGAGCCGGAGGAGCGCGACAGCGGCGAGCCCGAGGAGCUGGGGCUGGGGCUGGGGCUGGGGCUGGGCGCCGAGGCGCUGAGCGGGGAGCACGCGGCCGUCAGGGCGUCCCCCUCGCAGAUCGACUCGGACGAGAGGGAGAGCCUCACCAGGGAGGAGGAGGAGUACAGUGAAAAAGAGGAGGAGGAGGAGGAAGAAAAAGACAUAGAGGGACUUCAGGAAGAAAAAGAAUGUGGGGAACUACAAGAAGCUGGGGAUGCAGAAGAAGCAGCAGCAGUAGAAGAGGAAGAAGGGAAAGCUGAAGGUGACAAGAACGAUGAAGUUGUAAAUCAAGCAAGCAAUGCAGAACCGGAUGUUAUACAAAAUAAUGGGCAGGUGUCGGAAGAAAAUAAUGAAUAAAGCUUACAUGCUAGGUUUUUUCUACAAGGAAAAAAAAAUUGGUAAUGAAGUUCCUUCUAUAUUAUACAUGCUUUUCAUGGAAACGCAGUAGCAUACUGUGA